AUGCCUACAGCCCAAGUAAAACGAAGCUCUCUUGGGCGACCCCGAAAACCAGCUGAAGAUGCAAAAUCCAUACGACGCGCCCAGGUCCGCGAAGCGCAACAGGCAUACCGAGCUCGCCAACUGUCCCAGCUCUCUUCACUAAAAGCCCGCGUAGAGCAACUGGAAGAUGCAUUUGAUCACCUGAGCCAGACCAUGCACGCAUUCGAUGCCGAAGUGAUCCGGGAUGGGUCGCAGUGGUCUCGACCUCAACUUUUCCGGACAGUCCAAUUGCUGCGCGAUGAUAUAGUGUCCCAUUUAAAGCGGGCCGAUAUUCCCUUCCAAGAGCCCCCAAAGAACAAAACCCCAGAACCAUCCCAGGCUGUCAAUGAGCAACCCCCCGCGCAGGUCGCAUGCGAGGUGCCAAUGGGCAGAUUAAAAGAUCACACUACGGAGUCUGACUUCUGGAAAUUGUUUUUGGGCUCGUCCGCUGGCAUGAUUCCAUCGACUAAUACCCAGAGCCUGGACAACCAAUCCAAUGACUUGGUUGCCAUUCCUGUGACACCAUCUAUUACUGAAACACACAUCAUCGAAUAUGCAACCACACCCUUCACCCAACGGCUUUUCCGCGCUUGUGCUGAAAGUGGCCAUCGGUUUCUGUCAAAUCUCUCAUAUAAAGAUGAAGAUAUGUGGGAGUUUGGUCUAUUGCUACAAAGAAUGCCACGAGCAGAGAUCCGAGAUUUCUUCGGACGUGUCAUCAACAGGGAACCUUGCAAUCCUAUCAUCGAUGCUCGGUUCCCAUAUAUCAGCCUCGGUGGUGCAGGAACACACUUUAUACAGCCUUCCAGUGACGCCUCUUCAGAUAGCUUCGCCCUCUUCCGAAUAACAAACGGCGUGUCUCAUGUUCCUGCCGAUGAAGACUGGUUUGAUGUGCAUGAUGUCGAGAGAUACCUGCUCAACAAAGGCAUUGUUGCAGGCGAGUUUCCUUCGUCCAACCUUACGAUAUCUUAUCCGUCUAGUCCAGGCGCUGGUCAUUCAAACUUAGAGGCCCCCCACGGCGAAUUACCGGGCAGUAUGAUGAUGGUCGUCGAUGAGUAUAAAUUGAUCAACAGACUGAGCCAGCUUCCAGUCGCCCUGGGCUGUGUGGCUGGAUUUCGCCGGUCUGAUGUCGAGAGGGUUGUUUCGCACAAUGUGAGAUGGAUCUCAGUUGGGGUUACUAGCUCUUUAAUGUAG